GGCGGCCGUGGCGAGCGUGACGUGGCAGAGAAGGAGCGAGCUGGGCGCUCCGGUACAGAGUUGCCGCUGCCGCCCGCACCUGUAUAAGUCGGUGCGGCGGGGCGCGGGCCGCACUCGGCAGCCAGGCGCCUGUGUCGCGGAGGGAUCCUGCAGCGCCGAGAGAAGCCGGGCCGCGCUUUGCCGCUCUCCGUUCUCGCCGCGCUGCUCUCGGUGCCUGCGCCGCCAUGGGCCUCACCAUUUCCUCGCUGUUUUCACGCCUCUUCGGCAAGAAGCAGAUGCGCAUCCUCAUGGUUGGUUUGGAUGCUGCUGGUAAGACGACAAUUCUUUAUAAACUGAAACUAGGAGAAAUUGUCACCACAAUUCCCACUAUUGGCUUUAACGUGGAAACGGUGGAAUAUAAAAACAUCUGUUUCACAGUGUGGGAUGUUGGUGGUCAAGAUAAAAUUAGACCUCUUUGGAGGCACUAUUUCCAAAACACACAGGGCCUCAUUUUUGUGGUAGACAGCAAUGACAGAGAAAGAAUUGCAGAAGCAGCAUCAGUGUUGCAGAAAAUGCUUGAAGAGGAUGAGCUGCAAGAUGCAGUGCUGCUUCUGUUCGCAAACAAACAAGACCUGCCAAAUGCCAUGGCAAUCAGUGAAAUGACAGAUAAACUAGGUCUUCAGGCUUUGCGUAGCAGAACUUGGUAUGUCCAGGCUACCUGUGCUACACAAGGAACUGGUCUGUACGAGGGACUUGACUGGCUGUCAAAUGAACUCUCAAAACGUUAAUUCAUACUGGAAGACUCUUUCACCAGGGACACAUUUGAUAUAAAUGGUCUAGGCUUGCUACAACAAAAUUAGUUUGCAUCUUGGUUAUUACAGUAUCUGGAACUGAUAUUUGGGCAGGAUAUUACAGCGUUUCAACUUCUGUUGCCAAUUAUUGUUUACCAAGCUACAUGUUGCGAAGGUAGCAAUAUACUUGGGUAAAUAUCUCCUGAACUUGGAAAAAGUGUAUCCUCUGAUUUUAUUUUUUUUCUAUUCCACUUGUUAGCCUAAAUGCCUGAAUGUAGUUAUUGUGACAUCUUGAAGAUCUGUUUUCACUAUUCUUUUGAGCCCAAAUAAGUUAAUGAUUUAAUUUUUUUCCUCCCUGCUACUUUUAGUUUAAUGAUGCCAUUUCAUUCCUCAGACAGUCUGCUGAUGUAAAAAUGUAGCAUUCCGAAUGUAUUUAUUUCUCUCCCUUGCCAAAACGAAUUCUUAAUACUGCUUAUUCCAGCCAAGGAAAUGCUCUUAAAACACUAUGUGAAUCUACUGCACUGAGGAACGUUUUAUUAAUCUUUGGGUUCUGUCAGCCCAACUUGCCUUUGCGUGAAUUGGAUUUGAUGGGUAGAUAGUUCUGUGCUGGUUGCAAAGAGCUCAUGUUGAGGUUGUUUUUAAUGUUCAGCAGAUUGUCUUCCUUUAUAUUGUAUCUUUUUUUUAUGUUGCAUGUUGCUUUUUGGUCUCAGCCUGACUAUUUUGGCCCAAUGUAUGAUAGUUCUGCUGGAGUUUUACUGUUUGUUGGUGAACAUAUCUUCUUUAAGAAAUUUUGGAAAAUUCAUCAGACUCAAUGGAUUAGUUUCUUCAUAACUCACUUGGAAUUAUUCCUAAUAAAAUGAUAAAAGGUA